AUGAGCACAUCAUACAAUCGCACGUCGUCUUAUAAUCGAACCUAUGAAAAAAGGGUAAUUGAAGAGUCACCGCGAGUUGUCAUCAGUAACACCAUGCGUAUACCGCAAGUGGCCACUGCUCAGAUUCAAGCACCUUUCGGAUCAAUUGCGGGCACUAUUUCAUCACAGCAAAGUGGUGUAGAGGAUUCGUUUAGUGCUACUAUCGAUGUGUCACAGUUUAAGGCCGAAGAUCUUAAGGUUGCCGUUAUUGGUGAGUUCAUUGUGGUUGAGGCAAAGCAUCCAGAAAGAGAAGACGAAUUGGGUUUUGUUGAAAGACAUUUUAUAAGGUCUGAAUUCAUUCCCGACAUUGACUGUAAUCGUUUUCAUCAUCACUGA